AAAUGGUGCCAUCUAUGGUGGUGCCAUCUAUGGUGUGCCAAGGUUCAUCACCUGUCUGUACUUCUGGAGAACAAAAAAAAGAUGGCUCGAGCAUUUCGUAGCUCAGCUACCAAACUUAAAGGACAGGCGUUCAUGCCGUCAAAACCCAUGCUUGCUGAACAUGUCACAGCAGCAUGUGCAGCAAAGUUACGUUGCGAGUUGUCUACGUCAUCACCCGCAUUAGCAGCGAAACGGAUUCUUGACGAUGACGACAGAGGAGUAUUUAGAUACGCCAGUGAGAAGGAGAAACGCACUCCCAGAAUGUAUGUCUGGGGAUAUGCGAAAACAGGUGCUCUGGGCGUGAGAACAUUUGUAAAGCCGGAACGAGGCGCUGUUGCGAAGGUUCGGGAUGUACAGACAAAGCCUUAUCGGCUAAAAUUCGCUGAUCAUUAUCCGAUUAGAGAUGUUGCAUGUGGCUAUGGAUUUACUGUCUACAUUCCCAAGGGACGUUCAGAUGAUUACAUGCUGCUUGGAACAGGAUUGAAUGUUGAUUCUCAACUGGGAUAUCAUGAAACUCGUAAAGGCUCGGGAGUAUCCCUUGGGUUAGUGGCGCAGCCAGUGCCAAUUCAUCUACCUGUGAUCCAUCAGAACACGAAAGUUGUGAAUGUAGCAUGCGGGCGUGCACAUACUGUUGUGUUAACAGACCAGGAGGGAGUGAUGAGCUUGGGCAACAAUGCUUUUGGACAGUGCGGAAGAUCUGUCGUGAAAGAUGAAAAGUAUAGUUCAAAUCGAAUCAUCUCGAAAGUGAAAGGCUUACCAUCCAAUGUGAGCAGUGUUGUGUGUGGAAAAGAUAGUACAUUCUUCCUGACUGGAGAUGGCCAGGUGUAUAGCUGUGGUAUCAGCUCUUGUGGCCAAAGUGGUGCUGGUGUUUAUUCAGAUGUAAGCAUACCAACACUCAUUAAGGGAGACAUUGAAGGCGAGAAGAUAGUGCAGUUGAGUAGCAACGGAGGCUCCGUCCUAGCUCUAAGUGAUAGUGGAGAAAUAUAUGGCUGGGGUAGCUCAGAAUAUUACCAGCUCUCAUCGGUCACUGAAGAAAUACAAGUAAAUGUGCCUCGUCAUCUACCAAUUCAUCGAUGUGGAAAAGCGAUACAAGUGGCAGUUACAGAAACAGUCUGCGCUUUCUUAAACACUGACGGACAUGUGUAUGUGUGGGGCUGCGGAAUACUCGGUUUAGGUCCUGAGAACAAUCUCGUUAAACAGCCAACACGAAUUCCUGAAGUGCUGUUUGGCCAUAACGAAUUGAACCCGGACAGCCGAGUGGUUCAACUCGCAUCUGGUCACGGACAUUUUGCGGGUAUCAAAGAUAAUGGUGAUCUGUAUACAUGGGGAUACAACAGCAUGGCCUCACUAGGACUUGGGCAUAAAAAGGAUCAAUACUUCCCAAUAAAGGUUAUAAUAGCCGCUGAAGUAAAGAAGGUUGUAUGCGGUGCUGACCACAUGGUGGCCAUGGCCAAGUCUGUUACUUGAGGAGAUGGAAGGCAAGAUCAAGACCCACUCCAUGAGAACAAGUCGUCCGAAGUGUUGAGCGGCCGAACAUACUCGUGGAAUAAUUUAUUUGUGUUUUGUUUUAUAUAUGUAAUUAGCAAACACAAAUUACUUUAGUUUUUCAUUUAAUGCAUUUUCAAAUCUAUGCAUUCUUGUCCGUGGGCAAUCAUAGGAAUUAUUGUAAUAAUUAUAUGGCCUGACGUACAUUAUGAGUUAUAUAUUAUAUAGUAAAUUUCCAUAUUUCUUACUUACUUCUCAUGUACAAAAAUAGCAAGGGAAACCUACCCAAAAUAUAAGUAUAUGAAAAGAAUUUUGUUACAGUGUGAAGUAAUAUCAAUAAAUUGAGAAACAACAGCUACCAAAGUAUGGUGAAA